AUGGUCAAACAGCGGACAAGCACCACUUCAUACCCUCGACAAGCAACACCCGCGCGAUACCUCCGGCGGGAGAAACUGCAACACCUCCUGGAGCGACUAUUUCCUACUCAUCCAGACCUGAAUUUCCAUAUCAGGGUUGAUGAAGAUAUCUGGUCGUUUGAUGCUCCACACAAGGUGUCAGAAGAACAGCUAAAAGAAGCCUCAGAGUAA